GUUUCCUAAAGGAAUGGGAAUGGAUGAAAACUCUAACCACGCUAAACAGCGCGUGGGUUCUAAAAGACCAUGGAGAUUUGGUGAUGUUUCCCAAUAGAACAACCAACCGCGCACGCUGGCGCAGAGUCAGAGUUCCUUUGCAAACACGUAUUUGUAUUUUGUAUUGUCAAAUUCCCUUCUCUAUAUAUAUACUCCCCUCUCUAUUUUAAGGUUUUCUUUCCUUUUCUUCAGAUUCUCUCUCUCUUUCUCUGUCUCUCACAUACACACACAUUCAUUGGUUUUUGGCAUCUAUUUUGCGCUUGAUUCUCGUUCCUCGUUCUCUGCGAAUCAACUGAGUCUUUCUACCGCUCUCUUUCCUCAGGGUUGAACAUUUGCAAUUUGGAGAUUGGUGGGUUGGUUCUUGAUUGGAGGCUUUGGAGCUUCUUCUUUCUAAAGUCAGAUAACAGUCUGUCAUCUCAUUCAUAAGAUUUCUAGCGACAUGAUAAGAUUUCAGGAGCCUUGUGCUUGAUGGACUGCUUGCCAAGUAUUAGUGACAAGAAGCAACUGAAGAAGUGGUUUUUUAUUGAUAAAAGGGUUGGGUGAAGAAGAUAUCUGAGAUUACUCUGUUGCCUUCCAUCCGUAUAAAAUUACUCUGCUGUUAAAUUUUACAUAGUUUUUGCAUUAAAAGUUGUGCUACAAAUCUGGAUCCGAUGGACCUGAAGUCAAAUCAUACUGCUCCUGUUCUUACUGAUCCUGCACCAAUAAACAAGUCAAGACUAGGUGUGCAUUCCGGUAUGUUGCCUUAUUCUCGUGCAGCUUACUCUGCAAGCCUUCUCCUGUCAAUCCCUAGGAAGAAGACUGGAAUACUUGAUGAUGUUCGCUCUAGCAGUUGGCUGGAUGCCAUGAAAUCAUCAUCUCCUCCUCAUAAGAAGAUAACCAAGGUUUUCAACAAUGAUUAUGCGUUGUCUGACGCUGAUGAUGCUUACAACACCUGGCUGGUUAAGUAUCCAUCUGCAAUUGCGUCUUUUGAGCAAAUUGCAAACCAUGCAAAGGGAAAGAGAAUAGCAUUGUUUCUGGAUUAUGAUGGGACACUUUCACCAAUUGUAGAUAACCCUGAUUGUGCCUUCAUGACUGAUGCUAUGCGUGCUGCUGUCAAAAAAGUGGCAAAAUGUUUUCCAACAGCAAUAAUUAGUGGAAGAAGCCGUGACAAGGUAUAUGAUUUUGUAGGACUAACAGAACUCUAUUAUGCGGGUAGUCAUGGGAUGGACAUCAUUGGCCCUGUUAGACAAUCUAUAUCUGGUGACCACCCAAAUUGUAUUAGGUCGACAGAUGAUCAGGGGAAGGAAGUUAAUUUGUUCCAGCCUGCUAGUGAAUUUUUACCAAUGAUCGUUGAGGUAUGUAAAUGUCUUGUCUGUAAUUGUCUAUUAGGAGUGCUAGAAAGCUGUUCCAAUCUUUCAGUAUCUCUCGUAAUACAGCAUUCUUACUUUUUAAUAUUUGAGCAGGUUUUUAGAUCCCUUGUUGAAAGUACCAAAGAUAUUAUAGGAGCAAAAGUUGAGGACAAUAAGUUCUGUGUGUCUGUACAUUACCGUAAUGUAGACGAGAAGAAUUGGGAUGUAGUAGCACAAUGUGUCAAUGAUGUUCUGAAAGACUAUCCACAGUUACGAUUGACUCAUGGUCGAAAGGUUUUAGAGGUCCGCCCUGUGAUCGAUUGGGAUAAGGGGAAAGCUGUGACAUUUUUACUGAAAUCACUUGGUUUAAGCGACUGUGAUGAUGUGCUCCCAAUAUACGUUGGAGAUGACCGGACAGACGAGGAUGCAUUUAAGGUUUUAAGAGAGGGAAAUCAAGGUUAUGGCAUUUUAGUCUCUUCUGCGCCAAAGGAAAGCAAGGCAGUCUACUCUUUGAGGGACCCAUCAGAGGUCAUGAAAUUUCUCAAUUCACUGGUAGCGUGCAAAUAGUCAAGUGCACUAUGAAUAUUAUAUGGAGUAGAAUAAAAGGAAGAAGAAAUUUAUCUGACAUACAUAUACGAUAAAGACAGCCUACUACUACUACUACUACUACUACAUGUUUUGAGUUUUCUAGAGAAUAUACCAAGGGGUCCAUAGCUAAUUCUGCUCAAAGCUUCUUGUCUUAAUGUAUAUUCCUUCUUUGCUCUAAUUAUCUUUCCCAUUGUUGGCACUAAGGAUGCCUUCAUAUCCUCAAAUAUGAGUGUAUCAAUCAUUCCUUUUUUCCCUUCAGUUUUGGUCAGUACAUGUACAUCUCCUAUGGGGGUAUGUAUAGAAUACUUAAUCAUU